AGUGGUUUUUAAAAAUGUAAUUUCUUGCAUCGUCGCAGCGCGGUAACAUCGAUAAUGACGAUAAUUAUACGGGGGUAAACUCCAGGAAGGAGCUAUUCCAUUCAAGGCAGCAUAAGCAUUUCGUUUCCUUAGGGUCGUUAGUAGCAUCUAAUGCUUCGAACGAUACACUUACUUCAAAGAUAAUCAUUAUUUUCAUACUCUCAUCUUCGAUGCUACACUUGAUUGGAAAUACCUUUUUCUUUUGAUCAAUUAAAAUAUACCGCAAAAAUAUUCUGCUAGUGAUAUUGCGAAGACUGAUGGUAUAAGACCUAACUGUUCGAAAGUACUUGAUCGUUCGAUCUUUCCGAACACGAAGUGUUAAGUAAGACAAAUUAUACCGCAAAUAUUGAAAAUGCACGUACUACGAUGGACAUUCAAACUUUUCAUCGCCAGCGGAUAUUUUCUACCACCUACGUUGAAAUCUCCAACGAAACGCUUUCUCUAUAAUUUAUAUACGGUGUUCGUGACGUUGUACAUGUGGAGCUAUUGUCUCACGCUAAUCAUGCACAUUUGCUACGACGUGGAAACGCAGGACGACUUGAGCGAAAAUUUUGGCAUAAGUGUAACAGCAGUUAUCACCAGUUGCAAACUUAUAAACUUAGUCAUAGGGCGAAAAACUAUCAUACAUAUGUUGGAUCUACUCAAGAAGAAGCCUUUUGUACCAGAGAACAAUGGGGAAGUAGAAAUUCACGCGAAAUACGACAAUCUAAUCGAAAAAGUCGCGAUGUUUUAUACGAUACAAGUCGUAUGUUGUGUGCUUGCUUUAGUAGGAACAACGUUGGUCAGUGACUUUAAAUUGAAAAAAUUAAUGUUCCCCGCUUGGUUUCCUUUCGACUUCACCUCCUCGUGGUCUGCGUUUUCUAUAACGUUCAUCUAUCAGUUAGUGGGUUUAAUGAUCAUAGCCACUGGUAUCAGUAUGUUCGACACGUUUUUCGCCGGCCUGUUGCUUCAGAUCUGUUGUCAAUUCGAGAUGUUGAUGAAUCGCCUGCACAAUAUCGAAGGAAAUGAAAUUCAAUCGUUAAAAAAUUGCGUUUGGCACCAUAAUACAAUAUUCAGGUUCGCCGAAAUAGUAAACAAAUUUUUUAACAAAAUGAUGUUCGUGCAAUUUAUGGUAAGCACAGUCGCGAUAUGCUUUACCCUUUAUCAAUUAACAGAAGCAAACGACAGUUUGCAAAUAAUAGGAUGGGCAUCGUUCAUGUUUUCCGCUUUAAUGCAAACAUUCUACUUCUGUUGGUUCGGAGAUGCAGCGAAAGUAAAGAGCCUCGAUAUUUCUAAUACGGUAUAUAAUAGCGAUUGGGCAAAUUUGAGCAACAACGCCAGGAAGAUGCUUGUGAUAAUCAUGGCACGUUCAUUGACGCCUGUCGAGAUUACAAGCGCCUAUAUUCUACCCUUGAACUUGGAAUCUUUCAAAGGUUUGAUGAAAACUACUUACUCGGCGUAUAACAUGCUGAUUUUAGAUAUAAUUAUAAACGUGGAAAAUCAGGACCAGUUCAGUGACAACUUUUACAUCACUCUGGUGGUAUUCGUCAGCGGCUGCAAAUUGAGUAUUAUAUUAAAGCAUCGUGAGAGUAUCUUAUCUUUGAUCGAGAGCCUCGAACGCGAACCAUUCUCGCCGAUGAACGACGAAGAAGAGAAAAUUCAAAUGAAAUAUAACAGAACGAACGAACGAAUUGCGAUUUGUUACACGAUUCUGGUGGAGGUGGCUGCGAUAUGGAUAUUCGUAAGAGCGUUCCUCACGGACUUCAAGAAGAGAAAACUAGUCUUUCGAGCUUGGUUACCGUACGAUUAUUCGGAACUGUUGCCAUACACGUUCAGUUACACUUACGAAGUUGCCACUUCGUUGCUGUGCUCUUGUCAAAACGUUGCUAGCGACACGCUGUUCGCUGGCUUGCUGAUUCAAAUUAACGGCCAGUUCGAAAUACUCGAGGAACGUCUGAGAAACAUCGAGGAGGACUCGAAUUAUUCGGCGAAGCAGUGCGUCAAACAUUAUCAACAAAUUUACAAAUUCUCUAAAACGGUGAACGAGAAAUUCAAAAUAAUACUUUUCUUGCAAUUUUGUACGAUCGCAUUUACGCUAUGCUUUAAUCUCUACCGAAUGACCAACAUAACGAUGCUUUCUAAAUUUCUGGAGGCGUCGCUUUUCCUAAUUCGCAUUAUAGCGCAGAUACUGUAUUAUUGUUGGUUCAGUAACGAAGUGAAAUUGAAGAGCCUUCAAGUGCCUUCCAUGAUAUUUAAGAGUAAUUGGGCAUCGUGGGAUACGAAAACAAAGAAGAUUCUCUUAGUGAUCAUGACACGAGCGACACAUCCUAUAGAAUUUACGAGUGGCUACCUGGUAACAUUGAAUCUCGAUUCUUUCGUAGCGCUGAUGAAAACAUCAUACUCAGUUUUUAACUUGUUGCAACAAACUAAAUGACCAUACGAAGUGAAAGAGCAGCGGAUCUUGACAUUAUGUCUUUGGAUUUUUCCGCAUGAGUACGUUCUGCAAAUGUACCGAGGCAUGUAGAGUACAUAGCAAUAAACUUUAUAUCGUAAAAUGCUAAUCCAUAAAUACUUGCCUGAUGAUAGAGGAAAAUAAGUUAGACGUUGAUCCUUUCUCACCUAUUGGAAAAGCAUACGCGUACGAUGCCCCACUUUUCAGUAAAAAUUCUCUCAACUUGUUUAUGGAAAUUAUCUGACGGUUCCGUUUUAUGAAACACUAUCGGAGGUAAAUAUUUGCAUCGCGUCAGCUCGCAACAGAGGAUAAUUUGAAGCAACGCAUGGCAAAAAUAUGUACGCAGAUGAUUCAUUAUUAUUUCAACAGUAGUUAUACGUACAAUGUCAUUAUACAUACAAUGUACUUUUACAAUAACAAUAAGUAUCAGCGAAGGGUAAGUUGCAGUAGAAAAUAAGUCUAUCGAAGGAAGUAAGUGGGAAUUGAUAAUUUACAAUCGUCAGUCAUGUUUCAAACUAGGAGCUGCUCAAAAGUGGAGUAUAGGCCUGUUCUUUCUACAUUUUCGAUCAUUUCUUUAUAUAAUUACUAUACCUAUUAGUAUAAUGAAGUCAGUGAAAUAAAAACGUACGUGAUAAUAAAAAAUUGUCACUUCAACGAUACAUAUAAUGCGGUGGACAUUUUUGCUGCUCUCAUUAUGUGGCUGCUUUCCACCCCCUUCGUGAAAAACACCCCUCAAAAAAUUUUUGUACAAGAUUUAUACAGUAUUCCCAUUCCUGAUCCU